AUGGGCCCAUUAAACGUCGUCCACACAGCAGAAGAAGGCGACAUCCUGCGAGGUGGGGACCCUUACGUGGACAGGGGAAGGUCUCUUGCGGCUGCUGCUGCAGCGCUGGGGCCUCCAACUCCGGGCCAGCGAGCAUCUCCGUGUCCGCAUUUCCUUGAAGGCUGCGGCGGCUGCCAGUUUCUACACUUGGACUCCCUGCAUCAGCGUACAGCCAAGCAACAGCUGGUGCAGCAGCUUCUGCAGGAGCUGCAGUGCCAGCAGCAACUACAUCAGCAGCAGCAUUCCCAGCAGCAGCGCGCCCACUGGGAGCCUCCUACAGUCACACCGCUCGUCCCAGCCUCUUCGGACAGGCAGUUUGCUGCCAGGGCGGACAUGCUGCUGCAGCUGGUCGAGGGAAGACCCCGAUUAGGCCUUCCAGCCUUUGAUGGGAGCAGCAGCAUUGUUAGUGUUCAGGACUGCAUUCGCCUGAGAGGCCCUUUACGCGAGGUGUACACAUGCGUGAGGGAGGUGCUUUUGCCCCUUUUAGAAAGUCGGCGACUGCGGAUACUGGACCACCGGUGCGGUGCGGGGACGCUGAGUGGCCUCACACUCAGACUAGCAGGGGACUGCCCAGGAGGCGACGGCAAGGUGCUUUUGCGGCUAAAGGGGCACCUGGAAAGUAACGUGCGCCCUCGCCUCGUGCACCUGGCAGAGACACUCAGUGAACGCUGUCCAGCACUCAAAGCUGUCACAUUCUACGAUGUCAGCAGACCGCAUUCCCCGGAUGAGAUCCUCUUUGGAGCAGAUGCGCUUGUCGUCUCUGUGUUUGGCCGACGAUUUCGGAUCACUGGCGGAACCCGCGAGACAGUUUUUGGCCGUGGGGAUUCGCUGCAACAAAUUUGGCCAGCGGUGGAGGAGGCCGCAGGAGGGGCGACGGGGCGCCUGUGGGGUGCCUUGGGUUCUGGGGGUUUCUUUGAAAUUUUGCUCUCUUUCCGCUUUAAAGAGGUGGUAGUGUUCGCCUCUGGGGCCCGCGACGCGGAGGAAACCCAAAGGAACAUGUCUCUUAAUGAGCUAUAUAGGGGGGAGGUUGUGCAGUGCACAAACAGCAGCUGCGUCGCUGGUGCUUUUGCCGCCCGCGCUGGCUUUUACGGACCUUUACGGUUGCUGCAACGCUCGCCCCAGUUGCAGCAAGGUAACGCAGCGGAGAGAAACAAGCAACGGCUUCGAAAGGAAGAAAUGGCCGAUGAGGUAGAGGCAACAGAUGACAGCGCAGAUGCUGCUUCAGCAGCAGCCCCAACGGCAACAGGGGCGGGAGAGUUUGGCACCAUCGUGGCGGGGGCCCCUCAUUUUCCUGACGUGCUGCUGCUAUCGCCUUCCCGUGGUGGCCUACCCAAGGCAAGCAAACCCACGGGGCGCUCUGCUGGGCUUAGCCUUUGCUUGAGAGAGAAGACCUUGACGCAAACCUGCAGCACUGGGACUGCUGCUGUUGUUCUUAUUAUUGUUAUUUUUGUUGUCGCCCUCGUUCCCUCCCUUAUUCGUGCUGCUGUAGGUGGCAGCACCACCGUGGCAGCUGCGCAAGGAGGCCUGCUUGCAGUGUCUGUGCGGUGCAAUUGA